AUGUUAUCUCGCUCUGAUGAUGUCCGUGAUAUGACGGAAGAAAGCUUACACAUUUUCACCGGAAUCGAAGGAGAUUGUCUCGGAAACAGCGUCAGCAUGAAUGUUCCAGUAAAGCCAAUCGGCAGCUGGUCAAGAGGAAUUUGCCGUCGUCUUCUGGUGGAACCGACCCUUAACCUCUUCACCCAACACUUUCACUUGAAAUGGAAGUAA